AUGAGUGUCUUCGAUAAUCAUUAUUUUCGGAUCAAUAAAUUUUUCCUAUCAUGCACCGGAUUAUGGCCUUAUCUCAGCACUGGACGAAAACGUGUUAUGCGAACUAUUGUUCUUAUUGCUGUUACACUUUAUCUCAUCCCUACGGUGGGUGGAUUGUAUGAAGUAUGGGGUAAGCUGGAUUUGAUGGUCGAGUGUCUUAUACCUAUUUUCACUGCCUUUGCGUGUUUGGUAUGCACCAUCACUUACAUGUCUAAGGAGAAACAAAUUCUCUAUCUUGAUUCGCGUCUGUUUAGCCUUCUGAAUUCUCAUUUAUUUUCCAUCUUUGACCGAUGUUCAUUUUUUAUACUAAGAGCUUGUAUAACUCUGACAGCGGUCACAUAUAUUUUAACGACAAUGACCCCUCAAAUACUGAAUAUUAUUUUACCAUUGAAUGAAACUCGACCAAAAAAAUUACCAUCUAGGGUGGAAUAUUUCGUAAAUUGGGAAGAAAAUUUCGAAUAUAUUUUGGUACAUAUAAUUAUCAUAACUAUAAUUGAAGCUUGUGUUUUAAUCGGUUGUAGAUCAACAUGCUCAGUUCUUACUGAUCAUGCCUGCGGAUUAUUUUCAAAUGCCGGUAAUCGAUUAAAAAAUACGAUAAACAAUAUCGAUUCUGAUAAAGUGAGGAUGGAACCACAUUUAGAAGAUGCAAUUUACAAAGAUGUAACUUUCUGUAUAGAGAAUCAUUUACGUGCGAUAGAGUUUUCUGAAACAAUUGAAUCCUGUUUCUCACCCUGUUUCUUCUUUAUAAUGGGAUUAAGUGUCAUUCUGAUAAGCACUACCCUAAUUGAGAUUAUAGUGCAUUUAGAUGAAACUGAUGAUGCGAUAAAAUUUGGUGUUUAUACAGUUGGAUUAAUUAUCGACCUCUAUUUUAAUAAUUUACCUGCCCAAAAGCUAAUGGAUUACAGCACUUCUAUUCCAGACCAUAUACUUGAAGGAACGUGGUAUCGAAUUCCUUUAAAAUCGCAAAAAUUAUUAAUAAUGAUUAUGAUGAGAAGCAGAAUUCCUUGUAAAUUAACAGCUGGAAAAAUGUACGUCAUGUCCUUAAAUAAUUUUUCUAAGGUUCUUCAAAAUUCACUCUCUUAUUUUACACUACUGUCUUCGAUGAGAUCUUGA